AUGCGGAGGUCCACCUUCCACCCCUCCGGCCGGCCCCCUCCCAACACGGUGACACACCGCUGGACCUCCGUCCUCACGGGCCCCUCCCUCAUCACGGGCCCCUCCCUCAUCACGGGCCCCUCCCUCAUCACGGGCCCCUCCCUCACCAACGGCCCCUCCCUCACCAACGGCCCCUCCCUCAUCACGGGCCCCUCCCUCACCAACGGCCCCUCCCUCAUCACGGGCCCCUCCCUCAUCACGGGCCCCUCCCUCAUCAAUGGCCCCUCCCUCAUCAACGGCCCCUCCCUCAUCACGGGCCCCUCCCUCACCAACGGCCCCUCCCUCAUCAAUGGCCCCUCCCUCAUCAAUGGCCCCUCCCUCAUCAACGGCCCCUCCCUCAUCAACGGCCCCUCCCCCCUCGGAGGCCGGCUCCGCCCCAGUACCUCUCAGGCUCCGCCCCCCAGGUCCAGACUGUCCGUGCAGAUCCCCCUCUCGGGGUCCGUCUCCGCCAUGGUCGCCACAGGCGCCCCCCCCGGUCCCGACCCCGCCCCCGCCCCCCCCAGGCUCAGGAAGUCCCGGCGGUGCCACUCGGACGGCUCCGCCCUCCUCCGCCACUCCACGGGGGGCGGGGCUCCGCUGCACCUGGUCACCCUGGAGGAGCUGCGCGACCUGCGGCUCCGCCCGGCCGCCCAAGCCCCAGGCCGUUACCCCGACCCCGCCCCUGACCCCGACGACGUGUUCGCCGCGGAGGGGCGGGAGGAAGAGGAGGGGCUCCAGACGACCCCGUCUCCGAGCGCCAAAGUACCUCCGGUGGUUCCCGCCAAAUCGCCGUACUCCAGAUGGGUGGCCCAGCGGGUCGCCCGCUCCCUGUCCCUGUCGGACCCGGAAGAGAGACCAGAACCGGACCGGAGCCCAGGACCAGAACCGGACCGGAGCCCAGGACCAGAACCGGACCGGAGCCAGGGUCCAGACCCGGUCCAGAGCCCGGGUCCAGACCCGGUCCAGAGCCCGGGUCCAGACCCGUUCCAGAGUGCUGGAACCCGGGGCGAGCCCGUCUACACACGGGUGAAGAAGAGGAGCGAGGAUGGGAGCUGUGCAGCGCCUGUGGGGCCCUCCUCUGGGACACAAACCACAAGAUUGUAG